UUUUCUGAUGAUUUCCUCUCGUUAAGUAUGUAAAUAUAAUUAUGUCAAAGACUCAAAAGGAGAUCAAUUGAUAUUGUCUUGAAAAAGUAUUUCCAUCUUUCAGGUUUUCUCUGAAUUUAAAAGAUAGAAACAAUGUCGGAAAAGGUGGGAGCGAUGGGUGGUAACAAGGGAGGAGCAUUCGAUGAUGGUGUUUUUGAUGGUGUGAAGAAAGUAAUAGUUGGAAAAGACUUCAGCAAGGUAACUUAUAUCAAGAUCGAAUACGAAAAGGACGGAAAAUUCGAAAUUCGUGAACAUGGGACGAAUCGCGGGGAACUAAAAGAGUUUUCAGUGGAUUAUCCGAAUGAAUAUAUCACAGCCGUUGGUGGAAGCUAUGGUACUGUUUUCGGUUAUGAAUCAGAAUUGAUCAAAUCAUUACUCUUCAAAACCUCUUAUGGAAGAACCUCUCCGAUACUUGGUCAUACGACAUUACUCGGGAAUCCAUCUGGGAAAGAAUUCAUGCUAGAGGGCAAAAAUGGAGGAAAGCUUCUUGGUUUCCAUGGACGUUCUGGUGAAGCUCUUGAUGCUAUUGGACCUCACUUCUUCGCUGUGAACUCUUCUCUUAAGCACUUUAAACCGCAAGGUGGGAAUGGAGGGAGUGCUUGGGACGAUGGUGCUUCUGAUGGUGUUAGAAAAGUUCUUGUUGGACGAAAUGGUAAGUUUGUGAGUUAUGUCCGGUUUGAGUAUGCGAAAGGCGAAAGAAUGGUACCACAUGCUCAUGGGAAGAGACAAGAAGCUCCACAAGAGUUUGUGGUGGAUUAUCCUAAUGAACAUAUUACAUCGGUCGAGGGAACAAUCGAUGGUUACCUUUCGUCUCUGAAGUUUAAGACAUCAAAAGGAAGAGUCUCCCCUGCUUUUGGGAAUGUGGCUGGUAAUAAAUUUGUGUUCGAAGAAACAGGUUUUAAACUUGUUGGGUUUUGUGGUCGGUCUGGUGAUGCUAUUGAUGCUCUUGGUGCACAUUUUGCCCCUCUUCCCAUUCCCGUUCCCGCUCCAGCUCCAGCUCCAGCUCCAGCUCCAGCUCCUGUUACUCCUUCUUUUAAACUUCCAGCACAAGGCGGAAACGGAGGAGUUUCUUGGGACGAUGGUGUUCAUGAUAACGUGAGGAAGGUUUAUGUAGGACAAGGCGAUUCUGGUGUUGCCUUUGUCAAGUUUGAGUACAAUAAAGGAUCAGAGUUGCUUGGCGGAGAUGGUCACGGAAAAAUGUCAUUGCUCGGAACAGAGGAGUUUGUAGUCCACCCAGAUGAUUACAUCACAUCUGUGAAAGUUUACUACGAGAAACUCUUUGGCUUGAAGGCAGAAAUCAUAACGGCUCUUAUAUUCAAGACAUUCAAGGGAAUAACCUCUCAGCCGUUUGGAAUCACGUCAGGUGAUUUCUUCUUGCUCGAAGGCGGAAAGAUCACCGGUUUUCAUGGGAGUUCGAGCGAUGUUCUUCAUUCUAUUGGAGCUUACAUGUCUCUUUCGUCUACUCCGAUGUUGCGUGGAAAGUGGAUCCAGGUGGAGCAAAAAUCAAAUGGACCUGGACCAAGAUGUUCUCAUGCUAUAGCCAUGGUUGGAGAAAAAAUGUAUUCCUUUGGAGGAGAGCUAACGCCUAAUUUCCACAUUGAUCAACAUCUCUACGUCUUGGAUUUCAAGACUCACACAUGGUCACUUGCUCCUCCAAACGGUGAUGUUCCGGACCUCCCUUGCUUAGGUGUUUGCAUGGUAGCCAUCGGCACUACACUCUACGUCUUUGGUGGCCGGGAUGGCUACCGUAAUUACAACGGUUUCUACUCUUACGACACGGUUAAAAAUGAGUGGAAACUCAUAACGCACGUCAAUAAAGGACCUGCACCACGUAGCUUCCACGCGAUGGCUGCUGAUGAAGAAAAUAUUUAUGUCUUUGGUGGAGUAAGUACUACGGUACGUCUCAAUACAUUGCAUGCUUAUAACAUCGUUAGUGAAAAGUGGAUUGAGCUUACCAAUCCAGGAGAGUCUUGCAAAGCGAGAGGAGGACCAGGGCUCGCAGUUGUUCAAGGAAAGAUUUGGGUUGUGUACGGAUUUUCUGGGGACGAAAUGGAUGAUGUUCAUUGCUAUGAUCCGGUUGAAAGUAAGUGGACUAAAGUGGAAACAAGUGGUGAAAAGCCAUGGAGGAGGAGCGUGUUUUCGAUAGCGGUUGUUGGGAAACAUAUAAUUAUGUCUGGAGGUGAGAUUGAGAUGGACCCAAAGGCUCAUUUGGGACCAGGGAUAUUGAUCGGUGGAGCUUUCGUGUUGGACACGGAGAAUUUGAUGUGGGAGAAACUCGAGGAAGGUCAUAGUCCGCGUGGAUGGUGUGCAUCCACAACUGCGUCCAUAGAUGGAAAGAAAGGUUUGUUGAUGUAUGGAGGGAAGUCUCCGACCAAUGGUCGUUAUGAUGACAUAUUUUUCUAUGGAGUAGACUCUGCUUAAGAACGGUCAGUGUUGGUGAGUUUGUGAGUCUUCGUAAGUGUGGUAUAUAUGUUGCAUCAAGGAGGGAUUUGGUUUGUAAGACUCUUCCUUGGUUUGUCUACAUUAUAUUUUGUGUGUUUGUGUUUUAUUGAAAUAUAUUGAUCAAUAAGUG